AGACCAGUCUGUUCUGUCUAACAACGGAGGUUACAAAACUUUUUCAGAUUUGUUAUUGGAAAAUAAUUACUCAUGACCCCCCCCCCCCUCCCCCCACUGCCACUUGAAAUUCCUCAAAUUACUUCCUACAUGAAUCCAGUGUUGGCGUUCGCGCUGUUAGAGAUGGCAAUGGAGAAUUUCAAGCAGUUCCUGUUCGCUUUGUCCGCUGCCGUUACCGUUGGUUUUGUCUCGAUAAUUUUUGUUUUGAGAUGGGUAUUCUACUUCAAGGAAGGUUUAGCAUGGGAUGGAGGACUGGCCGAAUUCAAUUGGCACCCGGUUUUAGUCGUUACCGGGUUCAUUUUUAUGCAGGGAAUUGCCAUUAUCGUGUAUAGGUUGCCAUGGACCUGGAAGUGCAGCAAGUUAAUGAUGAAGUUUAUUCAUGCUGGCUUAAACAUACUGGCCUUCAUUUUCGCUGCCAUAUCUCUGGUAGCAGUAUUUGACUUCCACAACUCACAAAAGAUCCCCAACAUGUACAGCCUGCACAGCUGGGUGGGGCUAGCAGCUGUGAUACUAUAUUCACUACAGCUUGUCCUGGGAGUGUGUAUAUACCUGGUACCCAUCACCCCAACAUACCUGAGAGCAGCGUUUAUGCCCCUGCACAUCUACAGUGGCCUGUUCAUCUUUACCAGUGUCAUAGCCACUGCACUUAUGGGCAUCACAGAGAAGCUCAUUUUUGGCCUGAAAAAUCCCAGUUACAAAGACUCUCCCCCAGAGGCCACCUUUGUGAAUGUGCUGGGAGUACUUAUAGUUAUUUUUGGAGGAAUCAUCCUCUGGAUCGCUACUCGCCCCUCUUGGAAACGCCCCAGUGAGCAGGUCCUGCGCUCCCCGCCUACUAACGGGGGUGGGUCAGUUGGCAUCAAAGUGUCUCAACAAACUGACCCGAUUGACCCCAAAGGCAAUGGAGAUGCCAGGAGAAGGAGUGGUAAAUUGGAGGACUCCGGACAGGUCAACUGAGUAACAUGAAAUCCAACUGCUGAUUCUGUCUGUCUGUUGAUGCUUUAAAAAGUUGCAUUUAUCUACUGGCAUUCCCUCAGCAAAUGUAAACCUUUGUUCCAAAUAGCACCUUGAGGAAUUGUUUCCAACAGUUCCAGAAUGUUGAUCUUUAAACAGUGUUUUUUUAUUUGAUGUAAUUGAAUGUAAUGGACAAUGAUUUGAUAAAAGGAUUGAACUAGCCUAUUGAAGAUUAGACAGAUUAUCAAAUAUACUGAACAAAAAUAUAAAUGCAACAAUGUCAAAGAUUUUACUGAGUUACAGUAAGGAAAUCAGUCAAUUUAAAUAAAUUAGGCCCUAAUCUAUGGAUUUCACAUGACUGGAAAUACAGAUAUGCAUCUGUUGGUCACAGAUACCUUUUUAGUAGGGGCGUGGAUCAGAAAAACAGUAUCUAGUGUGACCACCAUUUGUCUCAUGCAGUAUGAAAUCUCCUUCACCUCCUUUAUAAUUGAUCAUUCUGUUGGUUGUGGCCUGUAGAAUGUUGUCCCACUCCUCUUCAAUGGCUGUGCGAAGUUGUUGGAUACUGGCGGGAACUGGAACACACUGUCGUACACGUCGAUCCAGAGCAUCCCCAAACAUGCUCAAUGCGUGACAUGUCUGGUGAGUAUGCAGGCUAUGGAAGAACUGGGACAUUUUCAACUUCCAGGAAUGUAGUACAGAUCCUUGCGACAUGGGGCCAUGCAUUAUCAUGAGGUGAUGGCGGAGGAUGAAUGGCAUGACAAUGGGCCUCAAGAUCUUGUCACAUAAUCUCUGUGCAUUCAAAUUGCCAUCGAUAAAAUGAAAGUGUGUUCGUUGUCCGUAGCUUAUACCUGCCCAUAAACCCACCGCCACCAUGUGGCUCUUUGUUCACAACUUUGACAUCAGUAAACCACUUUCCCACAUGAUGCCAUGAAUGUGGUCGGCGGUUGUGAAGCCGGCUGGACGUACUGCCAAAUUCUCUAAAACAACAUUGGAGACCGCUUAUGGUAGAGAAAUUAACAUGCAAUUAUCUGGCAACGGCUCUGGUGGACAUUCCUGCAGUCAGCAUGCCAAUUGCACGCUCCCUCAAAUCUGUGGCGUUGUGUGACAAAACUGCACAUUUUAGAGUGGCCUUUUAUUGUCCCCAUCACAAGGUGCACCUGUGUAAUUAGCCUUUUGUGUUCAUGGAAAAUUUCAAGGACCUUUUAUUUCAGCUCAUGAAAUGUUGCGUAUAUAUUUUUGUUCAGUGUACAUAUUCCUUACAUUUGUGUAACUUUUAUAAUGAUUACAUACUUUAUUCUUCAGUGUUUUUAUUUUCAUUUAAGGUAAGAUUUACAGAACAAACACAUCUUUAGGUGUGAGGGGUGAAUCCAUUAUAAUCCAAAUAUAUGUAUUAUUACAUACAGGUCUACUUAAAGGCAAUAUAGGCAAACACAAAUUUAAUCAUUACUCUGUUCAAUAUACUAUUGAUUUAAAUCAGUGAGGAAUUCAUGAUUGCUGCUUAAUAGUAUUAAAGCAUAUUUUACAAAUGA